AGUCCACUACCAAUUAUCCACAUGUAAAGGAGGAAUAUUUAAAGUAAGAUAGGGUUAGGGUUCGGAAUUUUCAAAAUGAUGAGGAUUAGGAGAGGCUAAAUUUGGGUUCCUUAAUAAGUGGAUUCGUUCUGUUUUCUAGACUUCUUCGACCGAUUAUCCCCUUCUCAGACCAACGGUUGCAGAGAAAGAAGAAAUCUUUAUUUUGUUAGUUUGUUUUAUCCUCUUAAAUCCAAACCUUCAUUGUCUCUUCUGAUCUUGGAAGUGAAUAUAUAAAUACCUGUAAAAAAAGUUGGGUCUCGUUUGUUUCUGGGUUUUUUUAAUUUUUAAUUUUUCUUGUAUUUAUUUCUUGCUUGAUUGAAAUUUGUAAAGACGUUGAUUCAGGAAUUGGGUUUUCUUUCCCUUGAAUUUGGUUUCUUGCUGUAUAAUAAAAUCCAACAAAACCCAUUCUUCCUAUUGAGUCUCUUCAGUUGGGUUUAUUGAGUAUACAUUCCUUGAUUGAUUGCUUCGGCUUUAAUUGGGCUUUCCUGAGAGAGAAAGAGAGAGAAGAGGUUGAUUAUAGAGGCCUUGAUUUUGUACUCUAGACUCUGGAGUUUGUUUCUGAGCUAAAGACUAUCAAAGUUCCUGUUUUCUCAAUCAGAUCUAAGGGCUCAAUUUGGGUCUACCAGCCCAACUAUCAGAUUAGAGAACUAUUAUUUUUCAUCUGGAGCAGCUUGAGAUUGAUUGCUUUGCCGUCCUGAGUGGGUGUACUAUGGUUGGAAAUAGUGUAUCUUUAGCCAUGGCCGAAAGUGAGAUUUCUGCUCUAAAAGAAGCGCUUCAAACUCAACAACACCUUCUGCAAAAAGUCUACGACGACCUUGAAGAGGAGAGAGAAGCCUCAGCUAGCGCAGCAAGUGAAGCUCUAUCCAUGAUUUUGCGUCUACAAGGGGAAAAGGGUGCAGAGAAGAUGGAAGCUAGUCAAUAUAAAAGAUUGGUAGAGGAAAAAUUGCAUCAUGCUGAGGAAUGUCUGUCGGUUUUUGAGGAUCUCAUGUAUUCAAAAGAAAUGGAGAUCGCUUCUCUAGAGUUCCAAAUUCAGGCUUACAGAUACAAAUUACUAAGCUUGGGAUUUGGUGAUCCAUGUGUUGGGAAAAUGAAAUUCCAGGACAGUCAAUAUUUGAGGAGAAAUGAAGUUCAAAUUGAGGAGAUUGGUCUUCCUGGAAAUGUGAGAAGGAACAACUCUCUGCCUCCAAUUCCACUUAAAGAUGCACAGUUGAAGAAGAAGCGCAAGGUUGAAAAUGAAGGAUCAGCAGCUCCACUGCAAGAAUUGAUUACAAAGAAGAAUGAUGAAGAGACACAGGUGGUGUCUGAGGAAUCUGUGGUUGGUGACUUUAAUUCAUACUGGGAAAAAAUCAAAAGGUUGGAUGAACGAGUAAAAGAGUUAUCAUAUAGAAGAGAUAUUGAGAGAGUAGAGUCUGAUUUGAUUUCAAGAAAUCAUGAUGUUUCCUCAACCAUGGCAACAUCUUCCAUGUUGACGGGUAUCUCAAGGACCCGUUCGCUGAGUACAGCAGCGAGCAGAGACCUGUCUGUUGAUACAGUGGGACGAGCCACACCAAUUAAAAUGGGCCCUGAAGGUACAUCUUUAUGUUCAACUUAUAAGGUUGAAGAUUCUGAUGGUUUUCUGGGAUCUGAUGCAUCUAGUGGUAUUCCGUGUUUGGAAAGUGAAACAACCAGAAGUUCAGUCCAUUCGACAACUGUGCAUGAUGUUUUUGAAGUCCCACAAAAUCAUGAAAAUAAAAGAAUUUGUGUAUCACAGAAACAAGAACAAAAGCUGAUCUUCAAAGGAGAGACCACCAGGCUCAGGAAGCAGCAAUCAGUCCCACCAGAAACACCUGAAUACUACCACAAAGAAAAAGAUGAGUGGGUAAAGAAAGUCUUGCUAUUUGCGCAUCGUGACUGCAAGUCACCUAAAUUAAGAGAUGGGGUUGAUUUUCGUUUACCUUUUUCUGAUCCCGUAUCUUCACCUCAGUCUGAGGUUCAGCAGCUUAAGAAGAGAAUUGAGCUACUUGAGAAGGACAGGACCAUAACGCAAGAAUCAUCUGACAGAGGGGAAGAGCAAUUGAAAUUGUUGAGGGAUAUAAAUGAGCAGCUUAAGAUGAUACAAUCUGAGAUAGAUAAUUUUAAAUCUAAGAAGUCUCCUUCACGUGAUGAGUCUCAGUUUUUGUCUCUCAUUGAGGCAAUGCUCUGCUGUUCGCUCUAGUCCAGCCACUGAAAAUGUGUUACCUAAGGGAAAAAUUCAGAUUUCCAUGCAGUAUUUGUUUCAGAUGUUAGUGCAGCAGUGUUGGCACAUCUACCAAGCAUUGCGAUGUAAAGAAAACUGCAGAUGACAAGUUCAGAUUAGAAGAAGUGGCAUACAUAGACUGACUAUGGAUUGGAUUUGUACUUUUGUGAGUGAAAUUUUGUUACUGAGUGAGGAUUGCAUACUGCACAUCAAAUACUGUAUAAUAGAUAAAUUGUGUUUAUUGUAGGAGUAUAUAUUGAAACAUACCAUUUGUAUUCAUUUUGAAUAUAGUGAUUGAAUUUUGAAUAUCUUCUAAUGUC